GAUUGCUGAGAGAUAUUACUGGAACCAAAUGUAUAGUGAUAUAAGGGAAUAUGUUCAAACUCGUGAUGCAUGUCAAUGUAGGGGUGGGCCUACUAAGCAUGAAUAUCUACAUCCAAUUAAAGUUGAACAAUCCUUUGAGAGAUUAGGAAUGGAUAUUGUUGGACCUUUGCGUGAGACUAGGAAAGGAAACAAGUAUAUGGUAGUGGCAACCAAAUACUUGACUAAGUGGCCAGAAGCUAGGGUGAUUCCUGAUGCAAAAGCUGCUUCAGUGGUGCAAUUCUUCUAUGAAGACAUAAUUAGUCACCAUGGAUCCCCUAAAAUAUUAUUAACUGACCAAGGAACACAUUUUGUUAAUCAAAU